CGCAGUUCGAGAUUCUUGCAAACCCACGGAAGGUGAAGUGACUCUCUCAUGUAGAAUAUCGUGGGUGGGAAGUGCAGGGUCAAACUCUCCAAAGACAGGUUAUGUGUAGUAUGAAGGUUCCACCAACUUCUGUUCAAAUUGUCUAGACCCUCUUUGAGUGCUCCUCCCAGUGAGAAGUCCGCCAUCGCCACACAAAGGGAAAGCACUGCAGCAUCAAAGAACAGCGCUAGUGACUGAGGAAACGGAGCGACAAUGAGUAGGGGCCGAGAUAUGGAUACCGCGGCCGAGCCACGUCCGGGAGAUGAGGACUUCGAUGGGUUCCGGAUGCGGCUUCCGGAGGACUGCGUCGAGUACAUGCUCUUCGUCAUUGGAAACAAGACGGACAAUACGCUUCCUAGUCUGGAAGCGAUCCGCAGGGCAGCCGAUAAAAAGUUGGACGAGAUCGCGAAAGACUAUAUCUGGCAGAAAGAUCCAUUCAAGCUGGAGACGAAAACUCAAAAAGGCCUAGGGCUCCCUUACCUCUACGGCACUACUCACUAUGGAGACAACGUCGAGGAUGAGUGGCUUAUCGUCUACCUCCUCAGGGAACUGAGCAAAUCGUUCCCCAGCCUUUGGGUUCGUGUCUCUGACAGCGACGGCGAGUUCCUUCUCAUUGAGGCGGCCAAGGUCACCCCCAAAUGGCUCAGUCCCGAGAAUGACGGCAACCGGGUCUGGAUACACAAUGGAAAGCUGCUCAUUAUCCCCCUGAGCACCCCUAGCGACCCAGCCGCUACGGCGACAACCGGCUCGGCCUCCAAACCCCUCACCCUCCGCGAAGCCAUCGACACUCUCAAGACCACUUCCCCAUCUGCCCUCGUCCACUCCCCCCAGAUCGAAGCCGAGGCCUUCUACCGGCUGGAGAAGUACCCGUCCCAAAUUGCCGCUUCCGUCCAUCACUCCCUCGUCACCAUCCCCCGCAAACUCGCCUACAUCCUCCACGCCCGCCCGGCCUCCGUGGCCCCGGCCACCGAAGCCUUCUACCUGCGCGACCCGCGCUCCCUCAAGCCCCUUCUCCGCCCCGUCGGCGCCUCAUUCAAAAGCAGCCUCACCUUUCCGCCGACGGACCUCGUCACGGUCAGCGUACGCUUCACAAAGGUCCUCUACGCGCAGCUUAAGAGCCAGCGUUUCGCCCCACCGCCGGUGGCGUGGAGGCCGGUGCUCCACGCAGCCGGCCUCGAGGCUGCGGCAGCGGUUUCUGCCGCGGCGGAUUCCAAGGCGGAAGAAGAAGCAAGGAAGAAACUGGCGAGGUUGGAGAUGGGCAUGAAGCUCACGACGGGUUUUGAGAUCUUGUGUCAGACGCCCGGCCAGAGCGCGAGUCGGGUGGUGAGGGAGGUCGGGCUGCUGCUGGAAGACCUGGCCGAGGACGGGGGCGACAGUGCGCUGCCGACAGAUGACGAGAUCGCCAGGUGGGAGGGGGUGGGGAGGGAGGACGAUGACGGGUGGAUGGACAUUGAUUUCAGGGACUUUGAGAGGGAGCUGGAGGGGAAAGGGAACAACACCAAGGAGGGUGCUACGGGGAGCGGCUUUGGCGAUGCCAGUGCGCAGGCGGAUCUGCAAAAGAUCGUGUCGAGGUUUGAGGCGUUCCUGAACGAUGAAUCGGCGGGCAUCGACGGGGCCGAGAUCGAUGAAAUGGAUCAUGAUGAUGAUGAUGAGAGUGAUGAGGACUCCGAUGAAGGGGAUACGGACGAGGAUGAGGACCGGGAGGUCAGCUUCGACGAGGAGCAGUUUUCGAGGAUGAUGAGGGAGAUGAUGGGGCUUCCCCCGGAGGAUGUUGGCCAGGCCGAGGGGGCAAAAGAGACCUCGGCGGGUGAGCCUGACGAGCGAGGUGAGAGCGACGACGAGGAAAUACGCAAUGUGAUGGAGCAAAUGGAGUCAGAACUUAGGGGGCUUGGCGCAUUGGAGCUUGACCCGAAACCCAAGAAGGCCACAGCCAAGGUCAAGGAGAGGGGAGAGAACACGCCAGACGCGCCGCCGGCCGAAGAAAGGGAGGAGGACGAGGACGAGGACGAGGACGAGGACGAGGGCGACGAAGGCAGCGACAAAGAGGUGGACAUUGACUACAACCUUGCCAAGAAUCUUCUCGAAAGCUUCAAGAGCCAGGCAGGCAUGGCUGGUCCUGCGGGUAACCUUCUUGGGCUCAUGGGCAUGAGCCUGCCCAGGGAUGAAGAAGACUCGAGCGACGAGGAAUAACAGGCAGAGAUGUGCAAGCGGGGUGUCUACUAGCGCUAGCGCUUUUGCAUAUGUCUGGGCAAAACUCCAAUGGGUACAAUGCGCCCG